ACUUGAGCAGGAUUCACAGUUUGCAAGGGAGUUACGCACAGGUGGUCGAGUUUGCCUAAAACACAGAAACCUUUGUGGGGGCUACAAACUUUUGCACAUAACCAUACUGCUCUGGCAGAAACGUGUAGGAGAAACAAGCUCCUCCAGAAAGGAUGGAAGUCACACCGCUUCACUCGGACUCGAGCGCCAAUAUGGAGGCUCUGCGUUACUCGCGCUGCACUGGUCAGAGUCUGGAGAACCCUAUCCUGACCCAGGCCUCGUCGUUUCUCCUCCAUCCUCCUUUGUCAGCGAACCUAACCUCGUCAUGUCCUGCUCUCUGUCCAUCCAGCCUGUCCUCCACAGCCUCGUCCUCUCUCCUGCUGUCCACGUCAUCCAGCCUGUCCUCCACAGCCUCGUCCUCUCUCCUGCUGUCCACGUCAUCCAGCCUGUCCUCCACAACCUCGUCCUCUCUCCUGCUGUCCACGACAUCCAGCCUGCUGUCCUCCCCUCUGCUCAGCACUGAGAACACUCAGCUGAAGUACGACCCUCACACCAUCUCUUCUCUCUGCUCUUCUCAACCUCUGAGCUCAUUGAUUCAAAGCACAGAGCCACCCACUGGUCCUGAAUUUCAGAAAUGUCUGAGUGGUGAACAUGGAGAUAUAAAAAUGGAGGAAGAUGAAUUGUGCUCCACUGACGAACUCACAUCAUACAGUGAGGAGCUAAGCGAGUCCUCGGAUAAUGAGAAACAGAUGGAGAUUGACCGUGAGCCCCCAGCUGAGAUUCCUGUCCUGGAUCUGAGGCUGACUGAGGAAGAGGAGACGCAGACGCUUGAGCUGGACGAAGGUUUCGGAGAGUUCGACUCGAGCUCAGACGAACACGCAGAAAUACUGACGGAAAAGAAGUAUAAGCUGCUGAAUUUCGUGUGCUGCUCCCUGGUACAUAAGACCAGUUCUCCUGGCCAGUCGGACUGGGAUUCCGAUGGGACUAUGUGGAACGGAAUAAAACUCUUGGGCACUGACAUCACCCUAAGUGACCCUGAGUUCCUGCUCAAGGUGGCUGUUUACACCAGACAGGAACUGAACAUCCGCGUCACAGCCAACUUCUUGCUCGCCCUCGCCGCUUACCUCCCCAACUCUAAACCGCACCUGAGGAGGUAUUUCUGCUCCGCCAUACAGCUGCCAUCCGAUUGGCUAGAAGUGACGAGGAUAUACAGCACGUGUUUCAGCAGGUCUCUGCCAUCGUGUCUGAAAAAGGCUUUGGCUGACAAAUUCAAGCAGUUCAGCGAGUACCAGCUGGCCAAGUACAACACACGCAAACACCGCUGUAAACACAGCAAGAAAAAACGCAAAGCAAAGGAUGUGCCCCCUGAGAAAUGGGAGGAAUGGGCAAAACUUGUUGCAGCAGAACCUCAUGCUCUUAAAACAUAUCUGCAGAUGGACCAGCGACCAGCGGUGGAUAAAAAACAAAACGAGUUCAACAUGAAGAAACUGAUAAAACGGCUCCACAUCAAAGAGCCGGCCGAGUUCGUCAUGAGCAUCCUUGGGAAAAAGUACCCAGCGGAUGUGAGGGCGUUCUUUCGCAGUGGGCUCAGUGGGGUCUAUCAGAGUGAAAGAGCCAAUCAGAGGAUGAGACUGAAGCAGGUGGAGACGUGGGAGACGAGACUGAGUCAGGAAGGAAACAACGCCGCCACCUGGGAAAAACUCAUAGAUAAUAACUCUCUCCCGUUCAUGGCGAUGCUGAGGAACCUGAAGAACAUGAUCAUGCAGGGCAUCAGCCAGAAACACCACGACAAGAUCCUCAAACGACUGAGCUCAAAGUCAGCUGUGAUACAGAGCCGGCAGCUCCCCUUCCGCUUCCUGUCAGCUUAUAAAGUCAUCAUGGAGCUCGACAAUUUCGGCAAUGUGAAGGCGAAGACCAGCAGGAAGGAAAUCCUGCGUGGGAUUUUGAAAAAGAUACCAAAGAGUAGAAACUGUAAACGCACCGAUUGGUCGACAGCGUCCCGGCAGAGGCUACGGGCUACACUUAAGGCUCCUUUCGUCCGUGGUGUCUAUUUCUCGAAACUCAAAGUGCACCAGAAAGCCGGGCCGAGACGCUGCACUCCAGAGCUACUGCAGCGUUACCGUCAGGCCCUGGACAAAGCCGUACAGAUCUCCUGCAGGCACAACAUCCCUCCUCUGUCUGGACACACAAUCAUCAUCGUCAGAGACUCUUUUAAUAUUGGUGGACCGAAAGGGGCUGAUUUCUGCCUCCCUCCUGAGUCUUCAGAUGGAAACGUAGAGAAUGCAAACCUCUCCACUUCGUCGACUGAGGCGGCGUUGCUCCUGGCCAUGAUGAUCGGCUACUGCAGCGAGCACACACAAUUCCUCCUGGGAGACUACGAAAGUUUUCUUGAAGUCCAGAUCGAGCCAGGUGGGCUUUUGGAGAACGUGAGGAGAAUGACCAAGCUGCUCUCGGAAGUGGAAACUUCAUCUCAGAAGAUAACGCUCAAUAGCUUCUUCUUAAAGCUUCUUGAGGAGAAAUCAAAGGUGGAUAACAUCAUCCUGCUGAGUGGCUUUGGGACUGAUUGGACGAUGUCUUCGGCUCUUGGCAGAUUCCAGAAACGCUCCAUCAGCGAACCUUUAGUGGUGAACAUUUUAAUCAACCAAUUUAGCACUAGCGCGUACACAGAUCCCAAACACGAUCCUAAAACAGUGACCCUGUACGGCUUCAGUGAGCAGAUCGUCAGGUUCAUUUCAGAACGCGGUUCCUCCAGACUUUUGGAUCACGUGGAGCAAAUCGACAAACUGCACAAGAUUCCUCCUCCAACAGGUUCUAUUGCAAAACCAGAGAGAACCAAUGACAUCAUGCCCCUGCCUGCAGUUCCCAAACUCAGGUGGCGUGGCGUGCGCGUCUUCAUCUCGUCUACGUUUAGAGACAUGCACGGCGAGCGAGACGUCCUGGUUCGCAGUGUUUUCCCAGAGUUACGGCGGCGAGCGGCUCCCCAUUACCUCCACCUGCAGGAAGUGGACCUACGCUGGGGCGUGACCGAGGACGAAUCAGCACGAGCCACUGAGAUCUGCCUACAGGAGGUCUGUCGCUCCCAGGUGCUGUUGGGAAUUCUGGGAGAGAGAUACGGCCUGGUGCCGCCUCGGCCCUCGCUGCCUGACCUGCCUCACUACAGCUGGUUGAAGUCGGCUCCUGACGGUCUGUCGGUCACAGAGAUGGAGAUUCGUCAGUUUCAGGCCGUGUUUCCUGAUUCUGCUCAGAGCCGCAUGUUCUUCUACUUCAGAUCUCCUCAGCUGCUCAGCUCGGUGCCUGAGGCUUGGAGGGACGACUUUGCAGCUGAAUCGGGGGAAACUGCGGCUAAAAUGGACGAACUGAAGGAACGGAUCAGGAACAACAACUUCAGAGUGACGGAAAAUUACCCGUGUGAGUGGGGCGGAGUCAUAGACGGAAAGGCGUACGUUAAAGUUCUGGAGGAUUUUGCAAAGGCUGUGAUGGAGGAUUUGUGGUCUGCAAUACAGAAGCUUUUUGUGGAGGAAUCGGACGAGGCAGAUCUGACGGCAGAGAUUAAGGAACAGGAAGUGCACCAGGAUGCUCAGCUCCGGCAGUUUUACGGGAGAGCGAAGCUGCUUUCAAAGGCAAAAGUGAAAAUCGAAGAAUGUCAGCAGAAAGGUGGGCUUCUGUUGGUGGAGGGCGGGGCUGGAGUCGGCAAAACAGCUUUCAUGGCUACAUUGGCUCAUGUACUCCAAACUCCAGCCAAGAUGAAGAAAGCACCCAUGUGUGACGUCGUAUCCUACUCCACAGCUGCUAGCCAAUCAGCUUCUGGGGUUGAGCCCCUCCUCCGCUGCCUGGUCCAAUGGCUGAGGAAGAGGAAGCAGCAGGAGGAAGCUCUUCCAUCCAGCACACCUUACAGAGACCUGCUGUCAGAGUUACGCUCGCAUCUGAAGGAGGUGAAAAAAGGCCGAUCUCUGGCUCUACUCAUCGAUGGCGCAGAUCUGGUGCACGAUUCUCGAGGGCAAAGAAUUUCCGAAUGGAUACCACAGCACAUUCCUACGGGUGUGUGCCUGGUCCUGAGCGUCACUACGGAUUCUGCUCUCCGUAACGUCAUCAGCAAAAAUAAAAGCUGCACGUUGUUUCCGCUGGGGCCGUUACUGCUCCCGGACCGGAGAGAGAUCGUCCAGAAGGAGCUGAGCGUGUACGGGAAGAAACUGAGUGAUUCUGCCUUCAAUAACCAGCUCCAGACGCUGCUGAUGAAGAAGGGAGCCGUGAGUCCACUGUAUCUCCGCUUGGCCUCUCAGGAACUCAGGAACUAUGCCUCGUUUGAAAAGAUGAAGGAGAACCUGCAGUGUCUCCCCGUGUCUCUGUGUGAGCUGAUUCAGCACGGCCUGAUCAGGCUGCAGUCUCAGUACGGAGGAACCGGACUCAACUGGACCCUGGCUGCUCUGACCGUCAGCUCCAAUGGUCUAAAAGACAGAGAUCUGCACUUCCUGUUGAACCUGUGCACUGACCUGAGCUCCACACCCCCCCUGCUGACCUGGCAGGAAGUGAUCAAACUUGCCAGGAACCCAAAAACCAGAGUGCCCAUGGCCACGUUCUCCCAGCUGGCUCGCAAUCUACAGAGUCUGAUCGGGUCAUCUCUGUCUGUGGAACCGGAACAGUCCUUGGUUCUCACCAAUCCGGAUGUGAAAUCAGCGUUUGAGCGACUUUACCUCUCUGAUCCGGACGACAGAACCAGAGCGCACAUGAUUCUCGCAGCUCACCUGUGGGUGCGGUCAGAUCCUCACGGACAUGACACGUUCCUGCACUGUGACACGGACACACUGACGCAGCUUCCUGCUCAUCUGAUGAAAUGUGGUCAGCGGGAGCCGAUGCACUUCCUGCUGUGCAGUUACUACUUCCUGUACGCUAAUGUGCGUCAUGGACUCCUGCGCAGCCUCAUGGAGAAUUACGUUCUGUAUGAAAAGUGGACUGAAGUGUACAAGCCACACUGUCCUGAGGAAGACGACCGCUCAGAAGAGCUCGUGGCUUGUCACUCAUUCCUGAAGCGCCACGCCCCUCUGCUCUCCCAUUGGCCAGCUAUGUUUGUGCAGCAAGCCCUGAACGAGCCAGACGCCUCGGCCGCUCACGCCUGGGCUGAAAGCGUAGUGAAGGAGGGAAAUAUCCACGCUGUCAGAUGGAUGAACAACUCCAGAGAAUCCCAACAGGAAGCUGGUGAGCUGGUUUCCACAUUUCAGUGGACUCCGUCCUGUGUGUCUGUGAGUCCUGCGGGAGUUCUCAUGGCGGUGGGGACUGAACAGGGUUCUCUCCACCUCUACCACACACACACCAACCAGGAAGUGAAGUCACUGGUCAGUAACUGUGACGGGAUCUCGGGCUGCGUGUUCCUGGAUGAGAGUGUUCUGUGGACGACCUCAUACGACGGUCAAGUGGAGGUGUGGAACGUUAACAGCGGCUGCAGGACAGCCCACCUGACCGCUCACUCCAACAGGAUAACAGGAUGUGAUGUCAGCUCAGACAGGAAGCACUUCGCUACUGUUUCCUUAGACUUCACUCUAAAGGUGUGGUCCUCCCAGAAGGGGAAGGAGGAGGCAUCUCUGCUGAACCCGUCCCCUCUGAACUGUGUGACCUUUGACCCUGAGGGGAGUCUGGUGGCGGUGGGCUGCUGGGACGGAGCAGUGCGGGUGUGGGACUGGAUCAAACAGGAGAACUGCAUGACUCUGUCAGGCCAUCAGUGUUCAGUACGCAGUGUGUCGUUCUCUCCGUCCUCCUCUUUCUCUCUCCUCUGUUCAGGGGCGUUGGAUGGAGAGAUGAGGUUGUGGUCGGUUCCCAGCUCGUCCUGUGUGUGGCGCUCUCGUGCUCAUUACGGAUCCACCGAGGCUCUUCACUUCCUCUGUGAUGGAGAGUCACUGCUCAGUGCUGGACACGACGGCAUGGUGCAGCUGUGGUCUGGAGGUCUGGGACGCUCGGUUUCCAUGUUGGGGGAGGAAAAGAAGCUGUUGAGAUCCUCGGGAUCCAGACACGCGGUGGUGUCUGAAGAUGUCGCGCUCUGUGUAGCUGUGAACGGUCACUAUGCCGCUGUGGGUUACCAUGGAAACGGACUUAAACUAUACAACAUACAGUCAGGUGGUUGUGUGUGGUCCAGUGAGAACCUGCGCGUGUCCAUGCUAUGUGCGCUCUGGCUGCAGGCUGCAGCAGACGAUCUCCUACUCUGCGGAGGUUUUGAUCAGCGUCUGCGUUUGUGGAGGAAGCAGAGAGGACACGAGGACGCUCUGACACUCACAGGAGUCUUUGGUGUCCAGAAGGGCGCUGUCCUUGCGCUGAACCAGAACUCCACUCACGUCGCCUCGGCGUCGGAUGACUACACGAUCGCGUUGUGGCUGAAGAGAGAUUUGACCUCUGACCCCUGGGUUGAACCGAGACCAGUGAGUGUUCUGAGGGGUCACAGUGGAGGGGUCACGUGUUUGGCCUUCAGUCCGGAAGGAGAUCAGCUGCUGUCAGGAGGAAAAGACAAGGCUCUGAUGGUGUGGAAGAUAAACUCCGCUCCUCCGUCUCUCUCUCGCUCUUUACCACACUGUCAUGGAGACUGGAUCACUGGAUGCGCCUGGACUCCAUCUGCCAUGCUGAGCUGCUCUAACGACUGCAGACUGCGAAUGUGGGACAUCCAGACAGGAAGUUGCAUCAGAGAAGUCUCGACUGCGUCCUCUGUGGGCACGCUGUGCUGCUGGGAGGACUAUGUGAUGUUGGGUUCUGCUGAUGGACAGCUGACAGUGUGGAAAUCUGAUUUAGGAGUAAUUACUGAGAUCAAAGCCCAUCUUUCCCGCCUCAAUCACAUCACCAUCAUCUCUAAACCAGGACUGGUGGAAAAUCCCGAGGACGUACUGAUCACUACGGCGUCUGACGAUGGAUCUGUGAAGCUCUGGCAACCGCUUCAGGUUGAGCACCGUAGCACUCUGGUUGGUCACACUGGUGGUGUUCAUGCUUUAGCGAGCAGCUCUGGUCCACACUUCCUCACUGUGUCUGAGGAUCGCAGUCUCAGAGCCUGGAGCAUUAAUACAGACAUGCCUCCCAGACAGAUGGACAGUGUGAGUGCGAUGUGUUUCCUGGAGCUGCAGGAUGUGCUGGUGUGUGCUUUCAGCUCAGGCAGACUGGAGAUGUGGCAGCAGCUCAAACUCCGUUACUCCAAUAAGCUGAGUGAUAGCUGUAUCACAGCAGUAAGCAGUUUGCCGGAUGAGCAGUUAGCGGUGGGCUGCAGUGAUGCUUCAGUGACUGUGUGGAAGCUCGAGGGAGACUCACAGCAGUGUAUCACAGGUCUUUCUAAAGUUUCCUCGUACACUCUGCCGAGCAGCGUGACGUUCCUGCACUACUGCACCACUCUGCUGGGAGUGUGUGUGGACUGCACCAUCAUCGACAUCUUUCCAACUGCACGCGGAAAACACCGAAAAGCUAAUAGAAGGCCGAACCAGGAAACCGUGUUAGGAAUUGAUGGAAACGGUGAACACGGCCUGUGGCUGGUGGGAGACUACAACGACACAAUUAAUCUGGCCUACUUGCAUGCUCGCUACAAAGGAAAAGAAGGUGAAAAAGUGGAAAAAAAAAAAAAAAGAAAAAGAAAAAAAUUAUCAGAAGGAGGGCUAUGGUUGAACACAAACGCCAGCCUGGAAAAAGGUAUAGAUCAGACACAGGAGGAGGAGGAGGAGGAGGAGGAGGAAGACAGUGAUCAUCCUCAGGAGGAAGAAAUGGAGGAGCAGGUGAAGGAGGAGGAGGAGGAGGACAGGAAGUGCAGAAUCACGGCUGCUGCAUUACAUGACGGACUGAUCGUAUGUGGAGAUUUAAAGGGUCACAUGUGGUUUAAUCAGACGCUGAACCUGAGCUCGUGGACGCCGCGGAGACGUGCACACAGUGACAGGAUCAGUGUGCUGCGUCUCACAGAGAACAUCAUCAUCUCAGCAUCGUACGACAGGACCGUCAAACUGUGGGACAGAAACACAAAGAAACAGCUCGGACUGUUUGUGUGUGGUGCUCCGGUCGAAGUGCUGCAGGUGAACCCGAACGACCCGAGUCAGAUCGUGUGUGGAGACGCACUGGGGCAGAUCUACUUCCUGUCCUGGAGAGGAUGAUUAACACCUCCAACACUGCACACCCCGUCAAUUUAACGUUCGACACUCCUAGUUCCGAGUUUGUCACUUUACCAUUUCAUGCAAGUGCAAUUUGGUACAAAUUUGCUUUAACACACCGAAUGUUCACAAGUACACGCUAUAACAAGUGCACUUUAACACUAACACUAUUUUCCUAUUUGAGUAGCCGUGAAUGUAAUUCUAAAACUUUUUUAAAUAGUCCUGAGAAACAUGUCCUGAGAAUGUCUCUACGCCUUCAUUAAUAAUGCCAGGAACUAUGAAUUAGACACACCCCCAUAUUAGACACACCUCCAUAUCCUCCUGUCUUCCCAAAUAACUGGCUGUGAUUUUUAGCGUGUUAUAUUCAGAUUAUGGUCGUAAAUGCUUUAAUUAAAUAUACUUUAUUGUUACAUGAUGAUUAUAAUAUAAUAAUAUUUUAAUGGGAUAAUGGGAUUUAAAAAAAAUUAAGUACUGAUAGAAAGUGUGUAAUAGCUGAUUUAUUUUGUUAAAAGCCUCAAUAAAGAAGAAUAAAAACGCUUUGUGUUUAUAAAUGUCUAAAAGUGAAGAUACAAUCAUAAUGCACGAUACUGCAUCAGGAUUGAAGUCGGUCAAGAUAUCUGAAAUCCCGGAUGUCAAAAAUAUUGUAAGGGUCCACUCACUGGUCCAACGACGGUAUCCAAUUACAUGGUAGAAGGAUUCCCACAUGUUCCUGUCUUUUGAAGCGAUGUGAAUAUAUUUAGAUUUGUCAUUCCAAUUCUGCUUGACUCUCUCUUAAAUUAAAUCUGACUCCAAUUGUAAA